UGAUUACUGGCGGGCAGAAAAAAAUCCACGAGAGAGACUGGGAAUCGGGUGCUUGUCGCAUUUCAGCGCACCAGCUGGGUCACUACGUACUACACAGCAACACAUUAAAGCCAUCCCAGAUCAUGUCCACCGCCCCGACCACGACGCCAGCGGCUGGCGAUACCACGACGAGCAAACCUCUGGGUAUGCGCAAGAAUGGCAAGCAAUGGCACGAACCCAAGAAGGCCUUCCGUCCGACCCGUGGACUCAAGUCCUACGAGAAGCGAACGCAGGAGCGUGCGCUGAUGGCGCAAGUCAAGGCCAAAGAGAAGGAGAUGAAGGAGGAGAAGCAGCAGGAGCACAAGGAACGAGUUGCUGCCAUCAAAGAGAAAAGAGAGAGGAAGGCCGAGAAGGAACGAUAUGAGGAGCUGGAGGCAAGGAUGCACAAGAAGAGAGUGGAGAGGCUGAAGAGGAAAGAGAAGCGCAAUAAGAUGAUCAACUCCUGAGGCAAAGUAGUUGGCGAGAAGGAAUUUUCCAUGCAGGGCGUAUUUCGGCUCGCCCAUUCGCCUCACGACUCCGAUCAGCCACCGACCGGGGCUGGAGCUUCAGCUCUGACCAGAAUGUCUCCCGUUGCUCAGGCGCAUGGACAAUGCCCACGGGAAUUACCGACCACGCCCUGGCCGGAAAAGACACGGAACGAAGCCAUGAUAGAUCUCACACUGGGUGGAAACAAUGGCGUUGCACAGGCAGGCGUUUGGGUUACUGGCUCUGAUUCACACACGAUAUCAUAUCUAGCGUUCAUACACACGAGUAGCAGGAACCAGCAGCCCACUUGAUCGCGACCGUACACAGACAUGAAUGCAGCUCUCGGACUUACAUAGUAACUGUCUCGCAUAUAA